CAAGGGUAUUUCAGAGUCAAGUUUAUGUCUCUUGAAAGAAAUAAAUUAAAAUAAACAUAAAUAUCAAACAUUAAAAUAAGAAAUUAUACAAACAUUAAAAGAACCUAAUGAUUUUCUCUUCACUCAGUCUCUCUCUAACUAUCGUCUCCGCUGACGCUCUCUCAGUUCCUCUUGAUACAAGAAUCUCUCUCCCAACGCCAUUCAAUCGGAAACCGGAUCAAAUCAAAAGGGUGAAUCAGCACAUCCAAGAUUCAAUCGCAUCUCGCCGGAGACGGUUGCUUUCAAUCGCAUAUUCAAUCACAUCUCGCCGGACAGUUUUUUAGUAAAUGUGGAAGCUCAAGGUUGCCGAAGGAGGUAGUCCAUGGAUUCGGACACUCAACAAUCACGUCGGAAGACAGAUAUGGGAGUUCGAUCCUCAUUCCGGAUCGCCACAAGAUCUCCACGAUAUUGAAACCGCUCGCCGCAAUUUCCACGAUAAUCGCUUCACUCACAAACACAGUCACGAUCUACUUACGCGUCUUCAGUUUGCAAAAGAGAACCCUAUCAGCCAAGUUUUACCCAAAGUCAAAGUGAAAGAUAUCGAGGAUGUAACACAAGAGGCUGUCACAACAACAUUAACAAGGGCAUUGAAUUUCUAUUCAACUAUUCAGAGUCAUGAUGGACACUGGCCAGGAGAUUAUGGAGGUCCCAUGUUUCUUAUGCCUGGAUUGGUUAUUACUCUGUCUGUCACCGGGGCUUUGAAUGCAGUCUUAACCGACGAGCAUAGAAAGGAAAUGCGCCGUUACCUCUAUAAUCAUCAGAACAAGGAUGGUGGGUGGGGUUUGCAUAUUGAAGGUCCAAGCACAAUGUUUGGCUCUGUCUUGUGUUAUGUUACUCUAAGGUUGCUAGGGGAGGGACCUAAUGAUGGAGAUGGGGAUAUGGAGAAGGGACGUGACUGGAUUCUUGAGCAUGGUGGUGCUACUUAUAUAACUUCGUGGGGGAAAAUGUGGUUAUCAGUACUUGGAGUGUUUGAGUGGUCUGGAAAUAAUCCCCUGCCUCCUGAAAUAUGGCUCCUUCCAUACGCGCUUCCAGUUCAUCCAGGAAGGAUGUGGUGUCACUGCCGGAUGGUCUAUUUGCCAAUGUCUUAUUUGUAUGGCAAGAGGUUUGUUGGUCCAAUCACACCAAUAGUAUUAUCUUUGAGAAAAGAGCUUUUUACCAUUCCAUACCAUGAUAUAGACUGGAAUCAAGCUCGCAAUUUGUGUGCAAAGGAAGACUUAUACUAUCCUCAUCCGCUCGUGCAAGAUAUUCUUUGGGCAACUCUACACAAGUUUGUUGAGCCUGUUUUCAUGAAUUGGCCUGGCAAAAAGUUGAGAGAAAAGGCUAUCAAGACUGUAAUUGAGCAUAUACAUUAUGAAGAUGAGAAUACUCGUUAUAUUUGCAUAGGUCCUGUAAAUAAGGUGUUAAAUAUGCUUUGCUGCUGGGUGGAAGAUCCCAAUUCAGAGGCUUUCAAGUUGCAUCUUCCAAGGAUCUAUGAUUAUCUAUGGGUUGCUGAAGAUGGCAUGAAAAUGCAGGGCUACAAUGGAAGUCAACUAUGGGAUACUGCAUUUGCUGCACAAGCAAUUAUUUCAACUAACCUAAUUGAUGAAUUUGGUCCAACUCUAAAAAAGGCUCAUGCAUUCAUUAAGAAUUCACAGGUUUUAGAAGAUUGUCCGGGGGAUCUUGAUAAAUGGUACCGUCACAUUUCAAAAGGUGCUUGGCCUUUUUCAACUGCAGACCAUGGAUGGCCAAUAUCUGACUGCACAGCAGAAGGACUGAAAGCUGCUUUAUUGCUAUCUAAAAUUGCACCUGGGAUUGUUGGUGAACCAUUGGAUGCAAAGAGAUUAUAUGAUGCUGUAAAUGUUAUUCUCUCAUUACAGAAUGAAGAUGGUGGCCUUGCAACAUAUGAGCUCACACGAUCUUAUACCUGGUUGGAGAUAAUCAAUCCUGCUGAAACUUUUGGCGACAUUGUUAUUGAUUAUCCUUAUGUGGAAUGUACCUCAGCAGCAAUUCAAGCUUUAGCAGCAUUUGGGAAACUAUAUCCCGGGCAUCGUCGAGAAGAAAUACAACGCUGUAUAGAAAAAGCUGUUGCCUACAUUGAAAAAAUUCAAGCUUCAGAUGGUUCAUGGUAUGGUUCUUGGGGAGUUUGCUUUACUUAUGGCACUUGGUUUGGGAUAAAAGGGCUGAUUGCUGCUGGAAAGAAUUUCAGUAAUUGCUUAAGCAUCCGUAAAGCUUGUGAAUUUCUGCUGUCUAAGCAGCUCCCAUCUGGUGGUUGGGCAGAGAGUUAUCUGUCAUGUCAAAACAAGGUGUAUUCAAAUUUGGAAAGCAACAAGUCCCAUGUAGUAAACACUGGGUGGGCUAUGCUGGCUCUCAUCGAGGCUGAACAGGCUAAGAGAGAUCCAACACCACUGCACCGUGCAGCCGUAUGCUUGAUAAAUUCCCAAUUGGAGAAUGGUGAUUUUCCACAAGAGGAAAUAAUGGGAGUCUUCAACAAGAAUUGCAUGAUCACUUAUGCUGGAUACAGAUGCAUAUUCCCCAUAUGGGCGUUGGGAGAAUACCGUCGUGUAUUGCAGGCCUGCUAAUAUCGCUUUAGUUAGGACACCAUUAGACUUAUUUCGACCUUUUAUCAUCCUCCACGGUUUUCUUCUCGAAAAGAUUUAUAACUUCUGAGUUUGGCAUCCGGCUAAACAGAGAGCAAUUAAAUUUACAGUGAAUUUUCUCGUGUCGCCCUUUUUUUAGAACAAGGAGCACGGUUAUGCAUUCUCUGUCAUGUUCAUAUAGUUGUUUACGAAUCAAUUUCUGAGAAAUAUGUGGGAGGUCUAAAGGAAAAUUAUAUGUUCUUUCUACUUUAUUUAAAUUUAUUGUUUAUCUUCAUUUCUUGGAAACUAGUCCAUCUAUAUGUGCGAUGUACAAGAUUGCAUGGAAUAAGUUAUAGGUAUUGUAAUUAUUUUAAAAAGAGAAGGUAAAUUACAAAUUAUAAUUAUUUCUAGCUUC